UUUUUUUUUUUUUUUUUCUUUUGUUACUUCUUUGUGUUUUCUCUCAAUAUCCAGAGAGCAGAAAAUUUUUAUCAUAUUUGAUUUUCUCCUGACCUUGCUUUUAACAACCACUUGCAUCCAUGGUUUACGAUACAUCGGUGAAACCACGGCCUCCGAAGAACAAGAAUAGUUCAGCUUUCCAUAGUCCUGGUUCAGGUGUGACCGCCAUAAAUAACUCAGCACCUUCAUUAACGACUUCGGCAUCUACUCCAUAUUUCCAACCAAAAUCAAUUUUGAGAAACUCAAGCUCAAAAUCUACUAAUAUAUCAAAAUCUUCAACUAAUAACAUCACCCGUUCCAGCACCACGUCUUCCUCCGGCUCUAAAAAGAGACUAUCAUCUAUUUUUAGAAAAAUAUCUAUCGAGUGGAACUUGUUUGUUUUAAGACUAAAGUCCAUUUCUGAAGAAGUCUUCGUUACUGACGAAUAUAUUGAUGACCUUUUCACUGAUUGUGACCUGGAUGAUACUUUAGAUCGUUUAUCAAAAAGUUACCGUGGAUUCACUCCUGCUGAAGAAAAAUUCCUACAAGAUUUUAAAAAGUAUAAAUCUCUUGAAAAUCUCUAUAGAGCUCAUCAACGAGAAUUGAGAAAUACCCCCAGUAUACCCCAUAUUCCCAAUAACCCGGCCUCUUCAAUGGAUACUAGCACCACCGUUACAAAUACUACCGAACAACGUCCCUUGCAUUAUAGUUUACAAGAUGUCAUACGGCAAAGUGCCGAUAGUAUAUCAAGGUCAGCCGACCUCGAUGAUGAUAAUUUAAGUGAUGAUGACAUGAGCGAUGAUGAUAAUAAUGAAGAAGAAGAUGAUGAUGAACUUUCGUUUGCAGAUGUUAAUGUUGUUAAAUUGAGAAUGGAGUAUGAAAAUCAUUUGAAAAAAUUGAAUGAAUUAAAUGAUGACUCGACUGAUUCUUCGUCUAAAACUACUACUUCUGAUCACGUACAACAUAAAAACAUCAACAUUGGAGAACAGAUCUGGGAGUUUCGUCGGUCCAAAUGGCUUAAAUCUCCUCCUUCAACUUCAAAAGAACAAACUGAGAACAAAAUAAGUGAAAGAUUAUCUGAACAAUCCAUUAAGCAUAUUCCAAAGGACUCAUAUCCAAAGAUUUAUUCAACUUUUGUUGAUAAGGGUAAAAAUUUGAAAAAUGAUAAACGUCUUAACUUGACUGAUUUAAUUAAAAUUAUCAAUGCAGGUUGGGUUCAUGAAGAAAAAUGGGCAAGAGCUGCUAAAGGGUUAGCAUAA